AGCUGACAUCACGGCCUGUGCUAGGAGGGAAGAGGACCGAGGCACGCGGUGUAGACUGAGUUAGCAACACAGAGGAACACUGACAACAUCAAGAUGAGAGUCAACAGUGUGAAGCUUGCUGUGGUUGUACUUGGUGUUUUUGGAUGGUCUAUGACACUCUCUUCUGCCACUCAAGUGGGUCUGAGCGACAAAGUCCUGGUCUUCCCUUAUGAGACUGACUUCAGCUUCGUGGCCCUGAUCCCUCAGAAGGAGAUGGGACUGAAGGCCUUCACUCUCUGCAUGCGCGUGGCCACCGAGCUCCCAGAGGAGCGACAGAUCAUCCUGUUCGCCUACCGCACAGCCGACUACGACGAGCUCAACGUGUGGCGCGAGAAGGACGGCCGAGUCUCCUUCUACAUGAGCGGUGACGGGACCUUCUUCCACCUGCCACCCCUCACCACCUUCCGCACCAGCCUCUGCCUCACCUGGGAGUCCCGCACCGGCCUCUCUGCCUUCUGGGUUGAAGGUAAACGCAGUACCUACCAGGUGUACAAACCAGGUCACACCAUCCGUCCAAAGGGCACCGUCCUCCUGGGGCAGGACCCAGACAAACACCUGGGGGGUUUGGAGGCCGUGCAGAGUUUCGUCGGAGAGGUGACAGAUCUGAACAUGUGGGACUUAGUGCUCUCUAGGAGCAUGAUCCAGGCCUGGCACUACGGCCACAAAGUCCCCAAGGGCAACAUCUUCGACUGGGCCACCAUGGAGUACGAGCUGAGCGGGAAUGUGAUGGUGGUGGACGAUGACUGACUGGAGGUGGAAUCUAAUGGGAAGAGGGACGAGGCCUUAGAGAUCUGUGUUGGACUGAUACUCAUCUGUGUCAUAGUCCUGCUUAGAUUUAGUGUUGUUUUAUGUUAAACUCCACAGAUCUCUUGUUUACUGUUACACCAAGAGAGAGAGAGAAAAAGGUAAAGAAAUUUAAAAAAGAAUAUCUAUUUUAUUUAAAAUGCCCUUCCAACUCUUAAAUCAGUUGUUGUACAUUUUAACUUCUUGAAUAUUUUCUCUGAUUUUGUUGGGAAUAACUGGUAAAUACCAGUAAAUAAUAGAAAGGUUACCAGAUGUAUCCACUGGGAGGCACUCUAGUUCACAUCAAACAGACACUUGAAGCAGUAACAUAUCUGCAUCAUUCUAAGGGAUUUGGCAUCGCUUUGUAAAAGGAUGUAAUAAUAAUAAUCAAUGUUUUAUCAAAAUCUAUGAAUCUAUGGGAUGGAGAUCAAGCAGAUAUAAAAAUGGUAAAUAAGUAACAUAAUGUAUUCAAGAGCACAGCUUGAGAAGCUUUUUAGAAUAGAAGACAAUUAAAUUAAAUUAAUUAAAUGUUAAAAUACAAAAUAUUGUGGAGUAUUUAAGUAACAUUUAUCACAUGUACAUAGUACAUGUUUGUUUGUCCAAUGACACUGAGGAUAUUUAUUCCUCCUGUAGACUUCAUGAUUUAGCAACACUGACACAACUAGUCAUUAUCAUGAUUAAUAUCCAUGGUUGGAAAGUUGCCUUUGGUUACUCACUCAUGAAUUUUCCAUGUUCUGACUGAUGUAAAAACGCUUUUGGGUCUGAAAUAAAAUCAUGCCAUGAUGUGCAUCACUAAUAAUGUUUGUAAUUAAAGAGAAUAUUUCUCCUUUGAA